UUCAACUCGAGCAUUCAACACAGGCCUCUCUACAUAAAUGCAUGUACUAAUGCUAGCGAAUACUCGCCACAAGGGGGCGCACUCGAAUGGGGAGUCUCCGCACUCCAGUCCCGCAUACCGAACGAUGCCGAAUCUCGUCACCCAAGUCCGCAAUGGUGUAACAAUACUCGGUGCAAUCCGGUUGAGGCAUCAUUCGCUUAGCGUAAUAUCCAGUCUACAGGAUCACACAGAACUCGCUCUCAACUAUCAAUCAUCAUCAUGUCAGGUCGAGGAAAAGGAGGAAAGGGACUCGGAAAGGGUGGUGCCAAACGUCAUCGCAAGGUUCUACGAGAUAACAUCCAAGGCAUCACCAAGCCUGCAAUCCGUCGACUUGCUAGAAGGGGAGGUGUCAAGAGGAUCUCUGGUCUCAUCUACGAAGAGACACGCGGUGUACUGAAGGUCUUCCUGGAGAAUGUCAUCCGUGAUGCAGUCACCUACUGCGAGCACGCCAAGCGAAAGACUGUCACAGCCAUGGACGUGGUGUAUGCACUAAAGAGGCAGGGUCGUACAUUGUACGGCUUCGGCGGCUAAGUGUAGCAGACCUCUCUCUCUCCUGGCUAGAAUAACAAACGGCUCUUUUCAGAGCCACCAAAUAAUCAAGAAAGAAUACUGUUGUAUGUUAUGUUAAUACCGUAAAGAAAGUAAAGAAAGAAGAAGAAGAAGAAAUAAGCCGUUAAUAUAAGGCAACAACGAAUAAUGACUGUAAAUACCUCCCAGAAGAGGCGAUAUAGUGAGUGGUACAGACAGAUGAAAGGCAAAUCAUGAAACAGAAAGCAGUGAAUGAAAUUUAGGUUGGGCAAGAAGGGUGUGUCUAUUCCAAAAGAAAGGCAGAUUAUGAAACAGAAAGCAGUAAGAAAUUUAGUUAGAAAUAGUGUAUAGACAUUGGCAUUUGUAGUAUGAGGGUCCUUAUGUAUGUUUUCAACUGAAAUUGAACAUUGAAAUUGAACAAAAGAGAAUUAUGAUUUAUUUAAACAAAAGUAAAUGCUAGUUAUUAAACAGCCUACUCUGUGAUAAAAGAUGCGAAAUGGAUAAAUACAAAAUAAAAGAUGCAUGUUGUUUUCAUAAUGAUAAUAGCUACUAUGUAAUUGUAUAGCGCUUAAUACAGCGCUUUAGAUAUAUUAUAUAGGUUCCCUUUUUCAUUUGCUGUAACCAAAUAAUUUUGAAAUACAAUGUCAAAGAUAUUUCAUUGCUCAUUUCUGUUAUAUCAUUACGUUUAUUAUUAUUGUCUAUCAUUGUUUAUAUUGUGUGAGAAGAAAUGAAAAAUGAAUUCGCUCUUUACAUAUAGAGAGAGCUACUACUACUAUA